CACUCUUUCGUUAGGGCAAGACCGGCAGAAACGUCAGAUAAAUUGUUUGCCACGAAAGAUCGUCUGCUCUCAUGGACGUUCCAAAGUUAUCGUCUGCCGUUCGGAAUAACUUAUUCUAAAAGUGAUUUUCAGAGAGUGGUAGGAGGAGUUAUGCGACCGGGUUGUAACCGAACAUGAGUGCUGAAGUGCCAAAAGAUGGAAAUAUAAUACAAACUGAAAAUGAUUGCCUGGACAAAUAUGAAAAUCACAUAAUAAUAGAUGAAAAAAGUUGUCCCCCAGUGUGGGACACUCUCUUCUGCUGGCCGCCAACAAAGGCAGGGACGACGAUUUCCUUUCCGUGCGACACCAUCUUUCCUUUUCUUCAACAACCAUCCCACCAAUAUUCUAGUCUCAAAGGUGCUGUAGCUUACAGAAUAUGUAAUGAUCAAGGUGUUUGGUCCCGCGGUCAGUGGACAAACUAUACUGAAUGUGAAAAUUUAGAUGUACGGAUAGACAUAGAAGAUAGACAUCAAAUUUCUCCUAUAACCAUUAGCUACAUCAUCUUAAUCAUCUCCAUCAUUUCAUUAGCAUCACUGUUGGUCACUAUCUUCAUUUUCUGGUUUUUCAGAACACUUUAUUGCUCCAGAGUUCGAGUUCAUCAGAAUUUAGUUUUAUCUCUCAUACUCCACGCUUUCAUGAUGAUAGCCAUUUCAUUACCUGGUAUAUCCCCAGCCAUGGAAGGACUCUUCAGAAAUGAGGACUGGUUGUGCAAAGGUGUUCUAGUUCUAAAAAUGUAUGCCGCUAUGACAUGCAUUCAUUGGAUGUUUGUAGAAGGGCUUUUAUUACACAGUAGUAUUACAGUGUCAGUAUUUCAGCAGGAACCACCGUUCAAAAUUUACCAUGCCAUUGGAUGGGGAAUUCCACUUAUAUGUGUUGUCAUUUGGAUGACAUUAAUGUCAAUAUACAGUAAAAGACUAUGCUGGAAAGGAUACGGUCUCUCCCCGUUUGUUUGGAUUAUAACAGGUCCCAUGAUUAUCGCCUUACUCGUAAAUGCUGUGUUUCUUGUGAACAUCAUUCGUAUUUUGAUCACUAAGAUGCGUAGCAAUGUAGCUAUUGAAACCAAGCAAAUCAAGAAGGCGAUAAAAGCUACAGCAUUGUUAUUCCCGUUGUUGGGGAUAACUCAUCUACUUUUCUGUAUCAACCCACGAACCGAUUUAGAACAAGUAUACAUGCUGGUAAAUGCAGUAUUGCAGUCUUCACAGGGGCUUUUUGUGGCUGUCCUAUAUUGUUUUCUUAACUCUGAAGUUCAAUCAGCCGUAGUUGCUGCUUACAAAAGAUCAACUCAGCGUCACAAUCCACGAAGGUCUUGCCGAUCCUCAAGGAAGUUUGGCUCGAGCAUCUCCACUUCAUUAUCACCCGAACAUCCCCAUCUCUUUCCUCAAGCUUCUAAAUUACGUCUUGCUUUGCUACAACGGCCCCCAGUCGAAUCAUUAAAUCCAGAGACUGAAGAAACUGCUUUCAAUUCGGACUACAAAAAUGUCAUCUAACUAGUCAAACUAUAGCACGUCACCUCUAUCACAUCAAGUUGAUUAGCAGGACAAAGAAUUUUUGCGAAAGUUCUUGAGGGUCCUUUUCUUUUCUUUUUAAUUAUUAUCAUCAUCGAUGAUCCACGUUAUGGGUUUUGCAGAAUAAACGUUCCCGUAUCCUCGUGACUUUGGAUACCAAUCAAAAGACUAGGAACUCGGGAGAUAGGUGGAGUGCGAAACUCGAAGACAUCUAGCAUAGAACUACCACAGAAAUCUGAGUUACAUUAGCAAAAGAACCAAACAAAUCUUUCACUGCUAGACUAACAACAUUUUGUCUCAUAUUCAUAAUUGAUCUGCCAUCAGAGAUAUUUCAUAAAAGCAUGGUGACUCUGAAGCAAUGUACAAAUGCACCAAUCAUAUUCCAGACCUGACUCAUUCGCUAUAUCUUUAAACCAUCCCAAAUCUCUUAAGGUAAUUGUCUCACCAUCCUGAUAAGAACCUAACUGUAAGACACUAUGACACUUCAAUUACAAUAAGUUAGUAUGAUCAAGGUGAAGUUUUUACCCUAUUGCAGUCCUUACACUUUUAAUAACCAGUUAAAGGACGACUUUCUAAGAAGCAUAAUUUACUUCGCAUUUACGUUUGUGCUAAACUUUGAGCGAAAUAAAAUGUAUGUUUAACAUUUAAAUAUGAUGAUGACGAAGUAUGUUGGUGGUAAUACCAUGUAAAAUAUCGAAUAGAUGACCGCACGAUCUUUAGAUAAGUUUUUCCUCAAUCUAGGAACGGGAAAGUAAAAUUAAAUAUAACUUAGGAGAUAUCAAGUCGAUCAAUAACGGUAAACAAAUAUGGUGAAAAAUUUCCCCACAAUUCCCAUCAAACUUUUGAUAGAUAUCAUGUUACAUGCGUAACAUAUUGAUGCCAACUGUGGUCGAAAGUUCUUUUUUUGGCAAAUCUUAAACAUCACCACUAUAAAGUGAGAAAUUAAAAUUUAGUUACCUAUGAAAAAUAAUAUCUCAACAAUAACACUUAAAACAUCUAAUAAAAGUUUUUUCUUCCGUAUCCCGAUAAGAAAAAUUUUAGUAAAAUCUAUCAUAUGUAUACUAAGUAUAUCGCAACUGCGUCAUAAAUAACGUCACAACUAAAAAAUACACACAUUUGAGUUUCGAAAAUGCUUAAAAUCUAUAAAAUGUGAAUAAGUCAAUUCCCAACAAAUAUAAUGCAUAUUUACGAUGUUUUAAGUUAAGUCUUUUUACGAUGUUUUAGGUUCAGAAGUUAAACUGAAAUGUGUACUGUAAAUAAACAUACUUAUUAUUUUCGAGAGAUGUUUAGGCAGACUCAAUGUUAAUUAAUGUCUCUUUUUACGCAAUUCAUCGUAUCUCUGAAUAUAUUUAAGAAAAUAAAAAAAAAUUUGCACAUGAAAAUCUUAUCUUUUAUCCCAUAAAAAAAUAUUAUUUUAUAAUUAUUUAUUAUUUUUUAUUCAUUUUAAUAAUAAUUUAAAGCUUUUUGUACUGUAAAUUACGCAUGUUUUAUCUAAUUUUAAAAUAUUUGUUUUAAAUGACAUAAUACGACUAAUUAGUCUUGGAGCAAUAAAAGUUUUAAGAAAAUUUAAUUUUGAAUUUUAAUUUCUCAAGAACUAUUUAUUUGACCAUUUUCGUUCAAACUCAGAAUUUCGCUAACUAAAAUUAUUUUGUUGAAAUUCGUACACCUUAUAAUUUAAACAUUUUGUGAUCAUUAAAAAAAUAAACAGUAAUAAUUUAAUAAAAAAAUUAUUUUUACGUAGAAUUCUCUUAGGAUAAACGAGUUUUAUAUUCGUUUAUUCGAGUUUUAAUGUAGGCAAACAUUUUUUUAAAUAAGUUAAUUUUCGUGUCUGAUUUCGAAACUUAAAAUAUCGUCAAUACAAAUUAAUCAGCAUAUUUAAAAUUCGAUCCAUAAAACACUAAAAAUAUAUUGUAGUGCUUGAUAAUCUGACCAACAGUUAUUAAGGUGUCCCUUUUUUUGUGCAUUAUAUGAAAAUUUUUCUACAAUGUUUAAAUGAAGUUACAUCAUAAUUUUCGCCCGAGAGGAGAUAUUAAAUCCAAUGGUCGCCAGGAAUAACUUCUUAAGUAUCCCAACAUCUCGCUUAAGAUUUAAAGGGAUGUCUUACAGAAUACCUUUUCAAUCACAUCAAACAAGCCAUGUGUUGUUAAACAAAAUUGUUGAUGCUUCGUACGGAUCACUUUUCUUACUUUUUUUUUUCAAACAUCAUAUAACUGUUUGUUAAGAAGAAGAAGAAAAAUGUGAUUUAUAAAUUGAAUAGUCUUGCAGGCAAGAUGACUUGAUAUAAUGACUUCUUAAGUCUUAAUACAUGUUUUUUAUAUGUUUUCAAGGUUUCAAAUCAAACCAAUUUCAAAGCAUAUUUUUUCAAAUUUUUUUUCAUCCAUUAACUCUUGAAAGUAAAAGAGGGUUAAAGAAAAAGAAUCAUGUUUCACUCAACAUUAUUUAAAAAAAUGCUUGUAUUUUUUAUACCCUGCUGCAAAAAAAAAUGGGGUAUAUAUAAAAAACACCCACAUCAAAAAACUUAUGGAAUGUACAUUCUUUUUAAACCAAAUGGAUAUUUCUUUUUAUUGCCAACCACUUUAGCUUUAAAAAAACUGUACUUUGAAUUUUGUACUUGUACCUCAGAUACAAAUACAAACAUUUAAGUUAUUAAUGUAUUCGUAGUGGAAUAGUUCUAUAUACGUAGUUCUAUAUUAUUUCUUUUAAAUAAAUCCUACUAAUGGAAUAUUUGUGUCACCGCAUUUUUCUUUUUUUAAAAAAGGAACCGUUCUUUUAAAGACAGGCGCAAAUAAGGUAACGUUGUUUACAAAAACACAAAAAAAUUAAUUUUCACGAGUUGUACAUUUCAGAAAACUUCAAAUCAUACUCAUUACAGUGACAUGACUGCAUUCAGUGUUGUGAAAUGCACGAAAAUAAAAGCAUUGUUUUUCGUAUUACUAUAGUUGGAACUGUGUAAUAUUCAUUGAGUAAUCUGAUCUGAGAAUCCUUGAAGAAUAUCAUUAAUUGGUUCUUGUAUAAGUUCAUCAUUGAUUAAAAACAUUCAAACCUA